GCUCUUCCGCUCUGGACUUGGGCCGGCGGCUGUUGGUCUGCCGCUUUCCGGGCCGCAUGGCUGGGAGAGACCCAGGCAGCAACCAGAGGCAGAAUGAGGAAAUUGAAGCAAUGGCAGCUAUAUAUGGCGAGGAAUGGUGUGUCAUGGAUAACUGUGCCAAAAUAUUCUAUAUUAAAAUUAAUGACAAUAAAGAUGACCCCAAAUGGACACUUGGCUUGCAGGUGAUGCUACCUAAUGAAUAUCCAGAGACAGCCCCACCUAUUUAUGAACUGAAAGCUCCUUGGCUUAAUGGGCAAGAACGUGUGGAUUUAUCGAAUAGCCUUGAGGAAAUAUAUAUACAGAAUAUUGGUGAAAGUAUUCUCUACCUAUGGGUGGAGAAAAUAAGAGAUGUUUUAAUACAAAAAUCUCAUAAGGCAGAAACAGGCCCUGAGGUAAAGAAGAAAACUGAAGAGGAAGAUGUUGAGUGUGAAGAUGAUUUCAUUUUAGCUUGCCAGCCAGAAUAUUCAGUUAAAGCACUGGAUUUUGAGAUCAGUGAAAAUGAAACAGAAAUAGAAGAAUUACCUCCAAUUGAUCAUGGCAUUCCUAUUACAGACCGAAGAAGUACUUUUCAGGCACACUUAGCUCCUGUAGUUUGUCCUAAACAGGUGAAAAUGGUUCUUGCCAAAUUGUAUGAGAAUAAGAAAAUAGCUAGUGCUACCCACAACAUCUACGCCUACAGAAUAUAUUGUGAGGAUAAACAGACCUUCUUACAGGACUGUGAAGAUGAUGGGGAAACAGCAGCUGGUGGGCGUCUUCUCCAUCUCAUGGAGAUUUUGAAUGUGAGGAAUGUCAUGGUGGUAGUAUCACGCUGGUAUGGAGGUAUUCUGCUAGGACCAGAUCGCUUUAAACAUAUCAACAACUGUGCCAGAAACAUACUAGUAGAGAAGAAUUAUACAAAUUCACCGGAGAAAUCAUCUAAGGCUUUGGGAAAGAACAAAAAAGUAAGAAAAGAGAAGAAGAGGAGUGAACCUUAGUGCCUGAAACUCUAUGAAAGGUUAAUUUGCCUAUAAUUAAAUACAAAUUACACAGUCAUCAAGGAAUAUAUUGUGCAGAGAGAAGAUGCUUGACUGCUCAAGUCUGCCAAUUCAUUGUGGACACCAACAUUAUCUUUUCUUCUUUGGUUAUAUCAUCUGCCAAAAGUAGAGAACUUAAUGAUAUAUUCAUUGUGUUUCAGGCUUAUUGAGAAGGAGUAAUUGGACUUAAUCACCUCUUCAUCUGAUUUUAGGAAGGUAACAGUUGCCCAGGGCAGUACCUGAGUUAACUGUCCAUUUCAGUUACAUGUCAAGUGCCUUUGUUAGGCGGGGAAGGAGCAUCUCUAGAGGAAUAUAAAUACCUGAUAUCUUGUCAUUUGGAUUCUUGGUGUGUUAAAUGAAUAUUGCCUUUUACUGCUCUUUAUAGCUUAUUGGAAUAGGAGCACAUUGAAGAUUGAUCUUGGAGAGCUGCUUCUUGUGAUUUUAGUUCAUACGUACGUAUGUUAUAAAUCUCUUCAUUGAGUGAAAAUCCAGGAAUAUCCAUCAGCAGAUAUGUGCUGAGGUGGUAAUUCACCUAAUGUAUUUGUUAGCAUAAAUGUUUUGCCUCAUUUUCUGUAGCAAAUUGGUGAUUGUGAAAUUUUAAAAAAGUGAUUUUCUUGUCUCUGCCUUUUUUUAUUUAAUUCUUGUAACAUAAAGCCAUAAAUAUGUGGUAUUGGUAGUCUCCUCCCACCCCUGAAAUAUAUUGGUUUAACAUUCUGGUUUCUUUCAACAACCAGGAGGUACUGUUUUUGUGAUCUUCAUUGUGGAAUUAAAACUCUGCUAGAAUCUCUGCUGGUUAAUAGAACAUUUAUAGCUUGAAUAGAGGAUGGCAGAAUGACACUGAUAUAGGGUAGGAGUAUGUUGCACAGUUAUAUGAAUUUGAUGCACGUUUCCCACUGCACUCCAGCCAUCUUUCUCAAUUCCUUGAUUUUGUGGAGGGUAAGAACAAACCAUUUGAUUGGAGAAACAAAAGAAAACCCCUCUUUUUCCUGAUCUUAUCAAUGUUUUCAUCAGUGUUUUAUGUUUGUUCUU